AUGGAUCAAGAAGAAAGAGGAAGGAAACGCAUUUUCAAAAAAAAAAAAUGGAUCAAGAAGAAAGAGCGCAACCCGCCCCGCCUCCUCGGCGUCUGCGUCGGCUACCCCGGCAGGUAUCGUUUCGUGCCUCUCCCGCGGCAGCCCCCGGAGCUCGCCGUCCCCAUACGCCGCGCGACCUCCUCCUGCGACGCCGCCUUCGCUCGCAGAUGCCCGCGAAUCAAGAACUGCCGGAAUGGUCGCCUCAUCAUCGAGGUCUUCCACGCCGGCAGAUUCGAUCACCCCCUCGUGGUGCCGCUUCUCGCCGGUGAGUCUUCAACCGUCCUCCCACAGAUCCGGCCCCACCGUGACCGCUGGGUGCAGGGCACUCAAACGGGAUUCACUGAGAUGUUCCUACCCGAGGAUGGGGGCCGCGACGGCAUCACCUUGGUGAAUCUGUGGAAGGACUGGCCAAAAGUGUAUGCGGAGGUGUGCGUCCUUGGAUCUGGCAGCUCUGGCCUCCCUGCCAGGGGCUCGGCAGAGAUAGAGCUCCCUGAUGACAUCGUCUUCCAUGAAAUGCUACCACCCAUCCAUGGCAAAGUCUUCAUGGUGACCAACUUAGGGUACACCUUGGGUCUAGAUUUAGCCACCAGGAUCCUUUUCACCCUGGAGCUACCAGUUGGAGUGCGGGGCAACUAUAUGCUCUCAUGUGCGGAAGAUUCCGGUCUCUAUCUCCUCAGUGCAGACGGGUUUCAGCUCAGUGUGUGGCUCCAUCGGAUGUCGGGCAAUGAUGGCGCAGGCUGGCUGCUGGUCGACACAUUUUGUGUCAGUGUGGGUCAGGCAUGCACACCUCGCGCGGAGGACAGUUGGGUUCCUCACGAUGUUUGCCUUGAUGUUGUCACGGUCGGGGACAAUGCUGACUUUGUGUUCUUAGAUCACCCAGCAAGUGGUGCUCUCUUUUAUGUUCAUCUGAGGAGCAGGGUGGUUGAGAAGGUCUAUCAGAGGGGGGCAGAUGAAUGUGGGUAUAAACGUGCGACUGCUGGCCACGUACGUGUCUCUCCUGUUAUGAUGAUCUGGCCGCCUAUCUUCCCAGCGCGGAACGUGAGACGUGAAGAAUGA